AUGACGCAGCAACUCAGGACUAAACCAGAAUGGGCUCUGGCUGCAGCCCCUGCGAGGGCUCCGCUGUCCCUGCGUCCCCAAGCUAGAGCCCGCCUCUCGGCCCUCCUUGGGGUGGCCCGAGCACUGCUCUGCUCUGCUGUUCCAGGGAAGAGACAGAUAAUCAGCAGGUGGUUCCCACAGAAAGGGGCGGGGGAAAAGGUGCGAAAGCGGCGUGGGAGUGCAUUGCCCAUUUUUAAGCAAGAAGAGUCAAGUUUGCCUCCAGAUAAUGAGAAUAAAAUCCUCCCUUUUCAAUACGUGCUUUGUGCUGCCACCUCUCCAGCAGUGAAACUCCAUGAUGAAACCCUGACAUAUCUCAAUCAAGGCCAGUCUUAUGAAAUCCGAAUUCUAGACAAUAGGAAGCCUGGAGAACUUCCAGAAAUUAAAGGCAAGCUGGUGAAGAGUAUAUUCCGUGUCGUGUUCCAUGACAGACGGCUACAAUACACUGAACAUCAGCAGCCGGAGGGCUGGAGGUGGAACCGACCUGGAGAUAGAAUUCUUGACGUAGGUAUCCCAAUGUCUGUGGGUAUAAUCGAUCCUAGGGCUAAUCCAAACCAACUAAAUACAGUGGAGUUCCUGUGGGACCCUGCAAAGAGGACACCUGUGUUUAUUCAGGUGCAUUGUAUUAGCACAGAGUUCACUAUGCGGAAACAUGGUGGAGAGAAGAGAGUGCCAUUUCAAGUACAAAUCAAUACCUUCAAGGAGGAUGAGAACGGGGAAUAUACUAAGCACUUACACUCAGCCAGCUGCCACAUCAAAGUCUUCAAGCCCAAAGGUGCAGACAGAAAACAAACAACAGACAGGGAGAAAAUGGAGAAAAGAACACCUCAUGAGAAGGAGAAAUAUCAACCUUCCUAUGAGACAGCUAUACUCACAGAGCGUUCUCCAUGGCCCGAGAAGUAUGUCAAUAAUUCCCCAUCACCUGGCUUCAGCAGUCCCCAUAGCAGUCUUUCUCUUGGGGAAGGAAAUGGUUCACCAAGUCACCAGCCAGAGCUGCCCUCUCCAGUCACAGAUAACCUCUUGCCGACAAGCACACCUCAGGAGGCUCAGCAGUGGUUGCAUGGAAACCGUUUUUCCACAUUCACGAGGCUUUUUACAAACUUCUCAGGGGCAGAUUUAUUGAAACUAACUAGAGAUGAUGUGAUUCAAAUCUGUGGCCCUGCAGAUGGAAUCAGCUUUAAUGCAUUAAAAGGCCUGAUGGUGCGCCCAAGGCCAACCAUUUAUGUUUGUCAGGAAUCCUUGCAGCUGAGGGAGCAGCAGCAACAGCAGCAGAAGCAUGAGGAUGGAGACUCAGAUGGUACUUUCUUCGUUUACCAUGCCAUCUAUCUAGAAGAACUGACAGCUGUUGAACUGACAGAAAAAAUUGCUCAGCUUUUCAGCAUUUCCCCUUGUCAGAUCAGCCAGGUCCACAAGCAGGAGCCCACAGGAAUCUAUGUGCUCUUUAGUGAUGAGAUGAUACAGAACUUUCAGGAAGAAGCCUGUUUUAUUCUGGACACAAUGAAAGAAACCAAUGAUAGCUAUCAUAUCAUACUGAAGUAGGUGUGGGGCAUUCCAUCCUCAGUGGCUGCUGCUGCUUUCACCUAUUGGGAACU